CAGACGCCCAGAGAGUGGCGGAGGAAUCCCAAACACACCCUGAGAGAGGAGCAAGCUAUCAUGUUUAUCACUUAGAAACGGAGACGCCACUAUCCUAAAGCGGUCACUAUCCUAAAGAGGUCGUGUUUGGAGGUAACUCAGGACAACCAGACCUCUGCAAACAGGAGAUGCUGCUUUGAACCACAGAGGUGAGGAAGAAUUGGCCUGGAGAUAAGCAAACAGCAGUUACUAAGGAAGACCGAAUGUCCUGUGUCUGCAUUGGAGAGGCUGCAGUUAGGCAUAAGAAAGAAAGCCAUCAGUAGACUGUGACACUGGAAAAAUUGGUUAUCUUCAACACAUUGUCAGUGUUGGUGAAUGUGAGCAGCCCUAUACACUGCACCAAGAUAAUAUAGGUGAUCUUCAUCCAGCCUCUCUCUAUAUAUCUUUACAAGAUUUGUACUAAAAAAUACCUCAUUAAUCAACAUCAGCGCUCAUUGUUACCAUAGAUCCUGUCAUCUGCUUCUAGAAACACUCUGCAUGUGUAUGUGCAAAAAGUAAGGAAUCAACUCGGACCAGGCCUGCACUUUUCUUUUAAAUUUACCAAACCCCUCAUCUUAGCUGCUAAGACAACAAGAUCGAGGAAUUUCCUUUAAGAAUCACUCAGAGCUAACAAGGCAGAACCAGUGAGGGAGUAAAAAGAGGGAGAGAAAAAGAGAAGAGGCGGAGAGAGAAUUGGCGCUCAAGUGUGAGCGAACAAACAGAAAGCUGCGAGUCUCUACUGUAACCCUAAUAAGGAAUUAUAAAGGCACGCUUUCCUACUGAAGAAUCCAAAGAAAGGGAGGAUAUAAGUCUUAUACUCAUGCAAACAGACAAACAAAUGGGCUUUUAUUUAAGGAGCAACAGUUCGAAUGGACUAUUCUGAGGCAUCCAUAAUUGGAAACAGAUUGCUACGAGAACUACUGGACAAGAGGGCUCAUAAUAGAGACUUUAUAUUUCUUACAACAGCCCUGAAAGUUCAAAGGAGAGCAGAAGAGGAGUAUUUACAAUGGAUGGAUUUCCAUGGGGUUGUUGUCAGUGCUGAUCCAUCCAUCACUUGGUUGGUGUGUUUGGGAAUCUGUCUGUGAUUUGCCCACCAUAUACUGCCUGAAUUGGAAGGGAGCUGGUAGGGGGACUGGUACAAGUCAGUUCCACACUGGACCACUUGAGCUUUCAGGAGGAGGACAGAGUAGAGUGAAGAGUAUGGGGAAGUCAAACAGCAAGCUCAAACCAGAGGUGGUGGAAGAACUGACCAGGAAGACUUACUUUACAGAGAAAGAGGUCCAGCAAUGGUACAAGGGCUUCAUAAAAGAUUGCCCAAGUGGUCAGCUUGAUGCUGCAGGUUUCCAGAAGAUCUACAAGCAGUUCUUCCCCUUUGGUGACCCCACCAAGUUUGCCUCAUUUGUCUUCAAUGUUUUUGACGAGAACAAGGAUGGACGGAUUGAGUUCUCAGAGUUCAUUCAGGCCCUAUCGGUGACCUCACGUGGGACCUUGGAUGAGAAGCUUCGCUGGGCCUUUAAGCUCUAUGAUCUUGAUAACGAUGGCUAUAUCACUCGUGAUGAAAUGCUCAAUAUAGUGGAUGCCAUUUAUCAGAUGGUGGGAAACACAGUAGACCUUCCAGAAGAGGAAAACACACCAGAGAAGAGAGUGGAUCGCAUUUUUGCCAUGAUGGAUAAGAAUGCUGAUGGAAGGCUGACUCUGCAGGAGUUCCAAGAGGGCUCAAAGGCAGAUCCCUCCAUUGUACAAGCUCUGUCUCUCUAUGAUGGCCUAGUAUAGUAGCGGCUUGUCUCAAGCAUAAAGAUACGGCUAAGGAUCCAAUACAGUGAUAUCUCACCAUGCCAUGUGAGGAGAUGAGUCUUCUCUUUUUUUGACCUCUCAUUCUGGACACUCAGGACUGAGAAGGACCACAAAGAGCUCAUCCAUCUCACUACAAGCAUUUCACAUUUGACCAUUUUUUUCAGCAUACAACAAUGACAAAAAGGAGAAUGGAGGAAAUUGCCAUUCUGAAAAUUGUGUUUGUGUGCACGCAUGUGUGAUUGCCUAUGAAUGCUGUACUGAAGAAUCCCACUGGAUAUUCACAAGUGCUUGUUUUCUGCUGAACAAAUGCACUGGAGACUGUUAAUGGCGCUGAUUGUUAAAAAAAAAAAAAAAAAAAAAGCAUGUUGAGAAACCUAAAUUAUUGAUGUAAUUACUGUAUGUGUAAACAUUCAUAUUUUUUAUCAUACUUUGCUGGGAUAUAUUGUGGGUGUGCUCUUUGUCUAUCAUUUAACAGACUGGUGUUAUUUUAUAUAUUUCUUGUUUACUUUGAAGUUUAUGGAUUUACAAGCCUCAACAUUUCUUACCGCCUCUUGAAAUGAAAGAGCGGAAUCCUGUCUUGCUUAUUAUUCGGAUCUAUGAAUGUGAAAGGAACUUCAUUUAUUACAUUUGUGGUACAUGGCUCCCAUUGUGUAGCAUGUGUUAUUCCUCCCUUGCUGGCACAGUUCAGUACAAAGACCUCAAGCCACAUCCGAAACAAGGCACUGUAACCAAGCAACAUGCUACACUGUUAUUCUUGAACAGCUGCAUAUCAGAAUUGAUGUAUGUACCUUUUUUAAUGAAGAAACAAACAGGAUAUCUUCAUUUUCUUUCUGUAAAGGCUCCAGCAACUGCUAUCUUAAAUUACACCUCUGCCUUUGUGUCUUUGCCUGUGUCUUGUUUUCCUGUCGAACAAAAGCCAUGGACUGAAUUAUGGCAUUUUCUUUACAGAUUUCUCAAAACAACAAAGAUCUAUAGUUACACUGUAGACAGCCUCUGUUUGAGUUGGUCUCAUACUUUAUCAGUUGCUCUCUGAUGGAUGAUUAAAUUUGAGUC